AUGGCCUCUUCCUUGAACCCCAACUUCAAGCAGCUCCAUAUUGCGGUUGUUGGCGGCGGCUUGGCCGGUCUUUCCGCUGCUGUCGCGCUCCGUCGUGCCGGUCACUUGGUUAACAUUUACGAACGGCGCGACUUUAACGUUGAAGUCGGAGCUUCCAUCUCCUGUGCCGCUAAUGGCACUCAAUGGCUACGGGAAUGGGACGUCGAUAUUGCUGACAUGAAACCUGUUGUCCUGAUGAAACUCGUCAUGCACGACUGGGAUACCGGUAAGAUCCUCAAUCAGUACAACCUUGACAACUACGAGAAAGAAUGGGGCAACGUCUAUAACAUGUUUCAUCGUCAGGACAUGCACGCCACCCUCCUCAAGACCGCCACUUCCUCCGAAGGAAAAGGCACUCCUGCCACCGUUGUCAUCGACCACAUUUGUCAGUCCGUUGAUCCAGAGAAGGGUACUGUUACUUUCACCAAUGGCCGGACCAUCUCUGCAGACCUUAUUAUUGGGGCUGAUGGUAUCAGGUCGGUUGUACGCGGGCAAAUUGGCAUUGUUCCCCAGAUGAAAUCUGGACCUCAAACCUGUUAUCGCUGCAAUGUCUUGACGUCUGAUGUCAAGAAGUUUGGCUUGGUCGAUUACUCAUAUGAGCCUGCCAUCCACUACUGGGGCGGAAUGGAGGGCAAAAACCGGCGUUCCAAGUUCUACAAGAUUGUCAUGUCACCCUGCUCCGGCUAUGAAAUCGUCUCGUUUUACUGUUUCAUGCCAACCGAAAUGACCAAGCACUUCGAGGAGGGAUUCCUGUUCGAAGAAGCUCCCAUUGAAGAUAUCCUCAUCGGACGAUAUGAUGAGUUGGAUCCGGACUGCGUUGCACUUCUCAAGCACUCUAUUGACCGGAUGCCUUGGCGACUGUAUAAACACGAGCCCUACCCCAACUGGUAUAAGCACCGCGCCUGCAUUCUCGGUGACGCCGCCCAUCCCAUGAUGCCCCACCAAUCUCAAGGUGCCUGCAUGGCCAUCGAGGAUGCCGCCUCCCUGGGUAUUAUUUUCUCCGACAAGUACGACUUUACCAACGACAUCGAGGCUGGCUUGGCUAUGUACCAGACUAUCCGCAAGCCUCGCGGCACCCGUGUCCAGGAUGCCUCGUGGCGAGCGACCUUGAACAUCAACGAGCGUAUCGGAUUUACCAGUCUCACCGCACCAGAAGCCGAGUUGGCUGCUGCCGCUGACAAGCUGACUAUUAAUGAAAUGAACAGUUACAAGAUGCACGAUCACGUCGCAGCGGAAGUGACCAAACUAUCUGCGCCUGCUCAAGUUUAA